CAUAAACUGGCCCGACCAUAGGUCACGCUGAGUAGGUCCAUCUCAUACUGAUGGCUGCUGGUUCUAUUACUCAGGAAGAGUUCUCGCGAGUAGUUGAAACUUUUGUCGAUAUAUCAAACAAAAUCGAUGACAAAUGGCACAUGGAAAGCGGGAUCAAUAAUACAGUUUUCAUGCACAAGAAAUGCAAUGUAAUUUCACCAUCAGAUGCUUCUGGGUCUAGCGAAAUAUCAAAUCUCCACAAAAAAAAAUGUUCCUUUAGAAAGACUGACUAUGAGUCAGAUAGCAGCCGCAUGCCAUUGCACAGGGAAUACGAGACUCACACAUAUGAGUAUCAUGUGCUGUACAGUGAGAGUUAUCAAGUUCCUGUACUGUAUUUUAAUGUUUUCAAGAAAGAUGGUAAAUUGUUGUCACUAGAAGAUGUAUGGAAACUUUGUCCAGUCAGUUAUCAGAAAUAUAUGAAUGAAAACAAAUGGGCCACACUGUCACAACAAGAGCAUCCACUCCUGGGACGACCAUAUUUCCAACUUCAUCCCUGCCACACUUCUGACCUGAUGGCACAAAUAAUGACCAACACAAAAACCUAUAAUAUAAAAAACUAUUUAGCUACAUGGCUGAGCACAGUUGGGCCAUUAGUUGGUCUCAGUAUAUCCCCGGCAUAUAUUACUGAUGUUUGAUACGUUUUACAUUAAUUUUGUCCAAUGACUAUUAUAACCAUAUACAAAAGCUUUAAAAUAAAAGU